AGGGGCACUGUGAGCCUUGGAGCCCUGGAGCCUUGAAGUCUUGACGCCUAGGAGCCUCGGAGUUUGAGUACGUGCUGUCGAUGCAGGUCUAUCGAGAAGGCCACGAAGGCACAAGGCAAGAGAAGAAUCAAUCGAGUAUUCAACCCACCAAUCAUCAAACCCAGGCAACAACAAGCUAGUGAGCCCUCAGAACAUGUUUUCUCCCUCGACCGAGAAUUCUGAAGAGAUUGUUCCCAAAUCGAGGAACAUCCUGUAUAGGUAAUUGUGAGCGUGAUUGCGUGUUGUGUUCAGUGUACAAUAUGCACUUUUGAAGCCUUGAUCCAAUCAACUAUUGAUUCAGCCAUUGUACUAACUACCACCGUACCCAAAUCAUCGGCCACACCUCGGGUCAAAACAUGUACCACCGUUACCAUCAACAAACUACAUCAUCAUCAACAACAACAACAACAACAACCUCAACGACAAAAUAGUUUGUGUGUUUAUCGUCUCUUGACUAAUUGAGCCGGGGUUGGUUGGAUGUGGAUGGAGUUCCAUAUCCGCAUCCUCUUCAUUGUCCCCUUCGAAAUCCAAUCACUAACCACUGUCAUCCAGGCAGUCAGAGGUUCCAUGAAAGCUGGGCAAAGCAUAUGCUCGGGGUUGAAUGAAGCCUUUGCUUGUCCCAUUGCUGUUUUCUUCCACGUAUUGACCAACGAGAUCUUGUCCAGAGCAAUUGUACAGGCAACAAGUCCACGUUGAAUUUUAGCAUUGGUGUCAAAGAGUAAUUGUUCAAUCAGGGGAAAGGCACCGAUUGCGUCCAUGGAUGGUAUGGAAGAACUGGAGUUCUUUUCGGACACCAAUAAUCCGGUCCAAAUUGAUAACAAAUCCUUGGUCGAAUCCGCCAUGAUCAUGACCAAGCUCCAGCCAGGAUCCUUCUCUGGCAUCAAAUAUCGACACGUCGGCAAGAGUGGCUUGAAGAUAUCCAACAUUGGACUGGGCUCAGCCAAGUUAUUUUCCUCGGAAAACCCCGAGAUGGCCGAAGAUAUUAUCGUGGCUGCAUACGAAAACGGAAUCAACUUCUUCGACAUUUCCGAUCCUUACCAACAAGAAAAGGCGGAGAAGGAAUUUGGAAACAUUUUUCGGAAGCGAAAAUGGCCACGGAGACAUUUUGUCGUGUGCACCAAGAUCUUCUGGAAUAAAUACGAGGAAGGAUGCUUGUCCAGAAAGGAAAUCAUCGAGUCGGUUCAAACGUCUUUGAACAAUCUCCAACUGGACUACAUCGACUUGGUAUUGAUCAACAAAACCGACCCGAAUUGCCCCACGGAAGAAUUGAUUCGAGCCAUGACGUACUUAAUUGACCAUGGGAAAAUGAUGUAUUGGGGCACGGCUCGUUGGAGCCAAGGCGAGAUCUACGAAGCCAUUAUGGUGGCCAAAACCAUGGGCUUGAUCUGUCCCAUCACCGAAAUGUCCGAAUACCACUGGUUUCACAGAGAAAAGGUCGAAUUGUACAUGGCAGAAUUGUACAAUAAGACAGGAUUCGGUCUGAUGACUUGGUCGCCAAUCAGCUACGGGUUGUGCUACAAUCCCAAAAACAGUGACGACAGCCAACUGAUUGCCAAACUUCUCUUAAAAACCCAUUUACAUCACGGGAAACUGGGCCUCGAGGUGGCGGGUGAGACCCAUUCCAAUGCCGAGGCCAUGACCAAAAUCAAGCAAUUAUCGGCAGUGGCAGAAAAUUUGGGCUGCACUUUGAACCAAUUGGCCAUUGCUUGGAACUUGCGGAACCAAACCUCUCAAAGCAUGGUGGUCAGUGCCGUGACGAUUGAGCAAUUCUGGGACAUCAUACAGAGUUUAACGUUUGUUUCCAAGAUCACACAUCACGUCAAUGAAGAUUUAGACAAAAUCCUAGGGAACAAGCCGUCAAGACCACCAAUGGUGUCCACGUUGCAACAGCGAUGGCAAACAACGGGCGGAUUACCACCAUGUUAACGAUCUCAUCUCUUUUCCCAUUCCUCUGUCAUUAUUGUCAUCCUUCACAUCUAUUCAUUAUACAUCCGGUUCCUGCUGGAUCUAGAUUUUCCCCAGAGUGUUCAAAGUCAAUAAAUACCAGUCGUUUCUUGCCUGCCACCCA